AUGGAUGACAGAAACAACACAUCCGUGUGGCUUCUACACAACGCAACAGAUGAGCAAGGGGACCAGAACUCGACGGGGGAUGUAGAACUGUCACUCAGCUACCAGAUCUCCACAUCGUUCUUCCUCGGCGCGCUCAUUCUUUGCGCCAUAUUUGGGAACGCGUGUGUGGUGGCAGCCAUUGCGCUGGAAAGAACGCUCCAAAACGUCGCAAACUAUCUCAUCGGCUCCUUGGCUAUAACAGACCUGAUGGUGUCUGUGCUAGUUCUUCCGAUGGCAGCACUUUAUCAAGUAUUAGGCAAGUGGACUCUGGGACAGGUAACUUGUGACAUUUUUGUGUCUUUAGACGUGCUGUGUUGUACCUCAUCCAUAUUGCACCUGUGCGCAAUAGCCUUGGAUAGAUACUGGGCGAUAACAGAUCCCAUUGACUAUAUGAAGAAAAGGACACUAAGACGCGCCGCGAUUUUAAUCAGUGUCACUUGGUUGGUAGGAUUUUCCAUAUCCAUCCCACCCAUGCUCAUCAUGAAGUCCCAGUCCGAGGCUGAGGAGCAGGUUUGCAUGAUCAACGAAGACACCUGGUACACCAUUUACUCCACCUCGUGCGCCUUCUACAUCCCGCUCAUUUUAAUGCUGGUCUUGUAUGGAAGGAUAUUCAAAGCUGCCCGGUUCCGUAUACGCAGGACUGUGAAGAAGCCCGAAAACAAGAAGGUGAAAUGUUUGACUGUUUCGCCGGCACUUUUUCACAAAAAGCCAAAGGGGGAGGGCGGCAAAAACUGGAAGAGCAGUGUGGAACCCAAACCGACCUCGUGCGUAAACGGCGCAGUGAAGCAUGCCGACGACGGCGAGUCUUUGGAGAUUAUCGAGGUUCACAGUAGCUCCAAAAACAGCCUCCCUCUCCCCAACACGCCUCAGUCGGUCCCACUCUUUGAGAACAGACACGAAAAGAACAUCGAGGCCAAAAGGAAAAUAGCGCUGGCACGGGAGCGCAAAACUGUCAAGACGCUCGGUAUUAUCAUGGGCACUUUUAUCUUCUGCUGGUUGCCCUUUUUCAUAAAAGCCCUGGUGAUGCCAUUCUGCUCCAGCUGUCAUAUGCCCCGUUGGCUCGGAGAUGUAAUCAACUGGCUUGGGUAUUCAAACUCACUCCUAAAUCCCAUAAUAUACGCUUAUUUCAACAAGGACUUUCAAAGUGCUUUUAAAAAGAUUCUGAAAUGUCACUACUGCAGACCAUGAAAGUAACUAAUAGGCUUAUAGAUGCUAAACAUAUAGGGCUCCAUUGAUCUGCAUUUGUUUACAGAAAUUGUUGUCGAAGCUUUAAUGUUUUAAUGCAGUGAUUAAAACAGCGUGAUAAUAUGUGAGUUCAUACAAUUUCAGA